GAGCGGAGCCUGCUCAUAUAGCACAUCUCCGCAGCCUCUUGCUGGAUGCAGAGGCCGAAUUGCGGAAGCGGCGACAGUACCGGCUGGAGUUGGAAAGCAGCAAGUUCCCUUCUGGCGAACGUUCGGCGCACGUUGCCAACGUGCAACUACCUUGCGACCCUCCAGAGGACUUGGCAAUGAAGGCCAUGGCUGCUCAUCACGAGCCACCUCCUGCAGUUCUACAUCGGUUGGCCGUCGCAGUGAUGCUGUUGCUGGAGGCACCGCUGCUGGUGGAUCUUGGAGAGCAUCCUUUGCCCUGGCGUGUGCCGUGGAGGAAUCUACAGCUUCUCCUCCGCAAGCCAUGUGAGGCUACAGGCGCGGGCACAAGUACCGCCACGGCGGCACAUGCUCCUAUGGCUUCCAUAGUGGCAGCCUUACGCAGACAGCCGUUUGGGGAACGCUUGGCCAAGCAUGUGCAGAGAAUAUUGGUUGGCGACACGCCUGUGACACGAGAAGAAAUAGUUGAGACGGACAGGCUAUGUGGCUGCCUCUAUGACUGGGUGCAGAACUUGAUCACGCCAUUACUGACUCGUUCCGAAUCCCAGGGCAUGAAAGCAGACGCAUCUGUACAGGAGGAAGCCGUGUCACAGGAUCAUCGUGAUCGGAUUGUGGCGGCUGUGUCCGACCAGGAAAAGGAAGUGGCCCGGUUACGACGCAAACUGCGCGAGGCCGAAAGAUCGGAGCAGGCAGCAGCGCAGUUUGUCUCGGAAAAUGAGCCAGCUGCUGCAAAUCUGAAGGACAGCAAGAAUGCGACAACCCAGAGUGAGCUGGAAGAAAAUUUGGAAGUGACGGGACAUAAGUCUCUUCAAUACAGACUGGAAGAGGUCAAUGUGCCUGCGAUGCAAGAGGCUGUGUUGCACUCACUCGUGAAGACUCUUCUGGAGCCGCGUGCUGGCCAACGGCGUCGUUUAGAAAUUAUUGGUCAUGCAGAGGAUCGCGAGGUUGCCGAGACUGCGAAAGAAAGAGCAGAAGCAGCGGAAGCAUGGCUGCUGAGCUGCGGCGUUCCUGCAGAGCGUCUUUCCGUGCACUGGGAAGCAGGUGGUUCAGCUAUUUGUCGCCGCACAGAUCUGAGAGUGUUGGAGCCAGCAGGUGCGGAAUCUGCAAUGCGACUAAAGGCUGCUGAGCUCAUGAAGCGCAUUUUUGCCGCGCGACCUGAGGCAGACGACCUGGGUUCGUCUCAACAGACUCAACAGCUUGAAAACACUCCCAUUGAAGAGCCAACUGAGAGCCACGAAUCAAUGGUACAGCCGAGCGUCACCUUGGAAGAGACCAUGGAUCCUGUAGCUCAGCGUCGACAACUUCGGCUGGUCUUUCAGAAGGACACGCUGACUCCAACAGAUGCCGUGCUGGAGAUUGGUUCUGGCACGGUCCGCUUGGGCAGUGCUUCUGGUGCAUGGAAAGAUUUGGAGGUCGCACUUCCAUUUGAUGUCAUAUCGCCAGACCAGUCUGCAGCCAAGUUCUCGAGGAGAGCAGGCAUCGCAGAGCCUCGCAUUUGCUCGCUUGUGAUGCAUGUGUGA